UCAUGUCUGGAAGGGGGAAAGGCGGAAAAGGCUUAGGCAAAGGCGGUGCUAAGCGCCAUCGUAAGGUCUUGAGAGAUAACAUCCAAGGCAUCACCAAGCCCGCAAUCCGGCGGCUUGCUAGGCGUGGGGGUGUCAAGCGUAUCUCCGGCCUCAUUUACGAGGAGACCCGCGGUGUGCUGAAGGUAUUUCUGGAGAACGUCAUUCGGGACGCAGUCACCUACACCGAGCAUGCCAAACGGAAGACCGUCACUGCUAUGGACGUGGUCUACGCCCUCAAGCGCCAAGGGCGCACCCUGUACGGCUUCGGAGGUUAAGCUUGCUAAACCGUUGUCUUAGCUUUGCGUUUUCACUUCCAAAGGCCCUUUUUAGGGCCAACCAUGUCCUCCACAAAAGAGUUGAGCACUUAGCAAAGUGUA